AUGACCAACGAUACAGCUUGUGACGUUCAGACUACGGUUGGCCGAGUGAUAUCGAUCUCAGGCUGCCAUCGUAUUCCAUGUCUAAAGGUAGUAAAGAAUCUCAUCUGCACUCCAUUUGUGGGCGCAUUCAACCCUGUCAAGCACAUCGCACACUCAGCUUCUGUUGCAUAUUGCACGCUACCGGGAGGCACGCAGUAUGCUAUCUUCCAUGUGCCCUGGACCAAGACGACUAAGCAACUUGGCACCGACAUCAUUGCUACCGAAUUUGGUGACCCAAGCUCUGCUGUCAUUGCCCUGCGCCAUCAUCUGCAGGCAAAUGCCCGUGUCCCCGUGCAUGCUCCCUUCUUCGCGUUCAAAAUGAGUGACACGACGAGUUGGGUGCUGAUGACCCACGACUGGUUCCUCAAUCGCGCCAAUGCGGCCUGGGCAGCGGCCAGCUUCGAGCACCUCACAGGACACUGCUUUCGCAUUGGAGGAGUGACUGAGCUUCUGCUUUGCGGUACUCAUCCGGAUGUGGUCGCGAUGCAGGGUAGCUGA